AUGCUAUCAAGAUCAAUACUGUCACCCGCAUUCCGCGGCGCCCUCUCCGCCCUCCGCCCCUCCGCCACAUCCAGCACCCUCACCCCUCUCAUACACCACUCUCUCCUGCAAACCCGGCUCCUAUCUUCCGAAGUCCGCAGCGCCAUCGAUAAAGCCGUCGCCUCUGCCCCCGUCGUCCUCUUCAUGAAGGGCACCCCCGAAACGCCUCAAUGCGGUUUCUCGCGGACCUCGAUCCAGAUCCUCGGGCUGCAGGGCGUCGACCCGGAAAAGUUCACCGCGUUCAAUGUGCUCGAGGAUGAGGAUCUGAGGAGCGGGAUCAAGGAGUAUAGCGAUUGGCCGACGAUUCCGCAGCUGUAUGUCGGCGGCGAGUUUGUGGGGGGCUGUGAUAUCUUGAUGGGGAUGCAUAAGGAUGGGACGUUGGCGGAUCUGUUGACGGAGAAAAAGGUGCUGAUUGAGGAGCAGCCGACGCAGCCUCAAUAG